AGUUUCGUUUACUCCCAGAUUCAUAAUGUUGUCGAAGUUGUCUAACACAGGACUACAGAUGAGCCACAGGUCGAUCGUGAGUCUGGCCAAUGUGGCGUCCACGAGCGCAAGGCGAGCCGCACCUAUAGGGAGUGGGCGGAUAUUGAGGCCCUGGGUUUCUGCAGCCCCGACGACUGCAUUCAUGGCCGCAUUCAGCAGCGCUGCCGGUGACGAUCCAGCUGUUGCCACUCAUGAAUUCAAAACGGAGACCCGCAAGUUGUUGGACAUUGUUGCCAAGUCGUUGUACACUGACAAGGAGGUCUUCAUCCGCGAGCUGGUUUCUAAUGCCUCCGAUGCUUGUGAGAAGCUGCGGUUCCUCAAGACCGCUGGUAAGGUGAAGUCUCUGGCGGAUCCUGACACUCCCAUUGAGAUCAGCAUCACCAUUGAUCCGAAGCAUAGGCUCUUCAUUAUAGAGGAUUCUGGUAUCGGCAUGACCAAGAACGAGCUCAUUGAGAAUCUUGGCACGAUCGCCAGGUCCGGUUCUAAAGAAUUUAUAACGUCAGACAAGGUCAAUGCCUCGGGUGACACUGCGAACCAAAUCAUCGGUCAGUUUGGUGUUGGUUUCUACUCUAGUUUUGUGGUCGCUGAUAAGGUGGAGGUAUUCUCUCGGUCAGCCGAUACUGCUGAGGAUGGCGAAGGCCACGUAUGGGAGUCCGAUGGUCAGGGCAGUUUCACCAUAAAGCCUGUGAAGGGCCUUCCCCGCGGUACUAAGAUCGUGCUCCACUUGAAGGAGGACGCUGCUGAUUUCUGCAAGCCGGAGACUGUCAAAAAGGCUGCCGCAAAAUUCUCCAAUUUCGUGGACUUUCCCAUCAAGAUGGCUGAGGGGGAGAAGGGCGAUAAGGUUAAGAUCAACAAGAAUGAGGCACUUUGGACGAGGACUAGCGCCACUGAGGAGGAACACACUAAUUUCUAUCGUUUCCUCUCUGGCUCCUCCUACGGAGAGCCCAUGUACUCGCUGAUGUAUCACACUGACGCUCCGCUCGCCAUCAAGUCGGUUUUCUAUAUCCCCGAAGAAGCUCCUAACCGUUGGUUCCAGCAGGACGCCGACGUACAGGUGUCACUGUACUGUCGCCGAGUGUUGAUCAAGAAGCACGCUAAUGAGAUCAUCCCUGCCUGGCUCCAUUGGGUUAGAGGAGUAGUGGACUGCGAGGAUAUGCCUUUGAACAUCUCUAGGGAGAACAUGCAGGAUACGGCCUUGAUGAGGAAGCUCAGCACAGCUGUUGUGAGGAGGAUGUUGAGAUUCCUCGCUGACCAAGCUCGUCGCGACGCUGACAAGUACAAUGCCUUCUGGAGGAAGUAUGGCUUCUAUUUCAAGGCGGGUCUCCUUGAGGACCAACAGAACAACAACGGCAACCAUAAGGACCUCAUCCUCAAGUUGCUGAGAUUCGAGUCGAGCAACGGCAGCCCGGGUGCGUUCAUGAGCCUCCAGGACUAUAUCGACUCUAUGACUGAUGAACAGAACAACAUCUACUACCUCCAGUCUAAGGAUAGGAAGACUGCCCUGGCAUCGCCUUACAUGGAGGCCUUCGAGAAUAAGGGUGUCAACGUGUUGCUACUCACUGAGGACAUUGAUGCAUUUGUCGUGAGCUAUAUAGAGAAUUUCAAGGGCAAGCGUCUGGUGUCUGUGGACAGUGAGGAGGAAAUUGAGAAGGAGAUUCUUAUGAGCGAUGACGACGAGGCUGAGAAGAAAGAGAUGCUCGAGACUAGUCGAGAGGAGCUCGAGGCCUUCGUGAAGGAGGUCCUCGGUGAGCGUGUCAACGGCGUGAAGUUCAGUGACCGUCUAGUGAACUCGCCCGCUGUGGUCACUUCGGCGAUUUCGCCCCAAAUGAGGAGAAUGAUGAAGCAAAUGAUGGCCCAAUCGGGCCAGGGUGACCAGAACGAUGCCCUACAGGCCAUCCCUAUGACCCUCGAGUUGAACCCUGACCAUCCCACCGUACGCAAGUUAGGCGAUCUGGCUGCAUCAAAGGCGGCUCGGUCGGAGGACAUCGCCAAGGUUGCUGUUACUCAGCUUUUCGAUAACGCUUGUAUCGCUGCUGGUAUGGUUGAGGACCCCCGGACCAUCCUCGAUCGUCUCCAGAAAAUGCUGGAUGUUUGCGUGGAGCAAGCAGUCUCUGCAUCUGAUCUCAGUAGUAAUACCGGCGAGACUACCAAGGAGGAGGAGCCCAUUGAGUUGAAGAAGAUGGAGUAGUCGAAGGCGAGUUAGAAGUUGAGAUGAUAACGUUGUAGAAUUGUUGUUGUUUCCGCUGAUCUAGUCUACCUGGCUGAUCUUACCGUCGGCCUGCACUGUGU